CAGAAGAAGAAGCAGCAGGAAGUGUCGGGCAGCGUCGGAGCAGAUUAGCCUGGUUAGCUACAGGCUAACGGCUGUGAUGUGAUGUCCAUCAGCUGAAUUGUGUGUGACCUGUGUUGACCUCAGCGGGCGUUGCCGGGGGCGAUGGCUCUGAUUGAAGGUGUAGGGGACGAGGUGACGCUGCUGUUCGGAUCUCUGCUGCUGCUCGCGGUGCUGCUGCUCGCCUGGAUCUCCACCCGCACCUCCGAGCCCCCGGAGCAUCUGUUCACCUCCGCCGCAGGCACCGCCCCCUCACUGAGGACCGCCCCCGCCCACCAGGACACACCCCUCACCUCCACCAACACCACCACUUCAUCCUCCUCUUCAUCACCCUCCAGCUCUGUGAGUGACAGCUCUCUGACAGAAACUCCCACUGCCUCCACCCAGGAGAAGGAGGAGGAGGGAGGGAGGGAGGAGAGGGAGGAGGCCGGAGGAGAUGGGGUGAGGAACAGAGGAGGAGGAGGAGGAGCAGGAGAAGGAGAGUCUUCAUCGUCUCAGAGGAACAUGGUGGUCAGACUGAAGUUUCUCAACGACACAGAGAGAACAGCUCAGGUCAAACCACAGGACACCAUCGGAUACAUCAAACGGACCUACUUUGCUGGGCAGGAGCAGCAAGUGCGGUUGAUCUAUCAGGGCCAGCUGCUGCAGGACGAUGCUCAGACUCUGGCCUCUCUGAACCUGGUCCACAACUGUGUCCUGCACUGUCACAUCUCUCAGCACAGCGGGCGGGGGGCAGCAGGUGGGCCGCGGCCGGCAGACCAGGUGCAGGUGGCUCUGAACGUGGGCAGCCUGAUGGUCCCCCUGCUGGUACUCAUGCUGUCGGUGCUGUGGUACUGUCAGAUCCAGUACCGGCAGUUCUUCACGGCCCCGGCCACCGCCUCACUGGUCGGAGUCACCAUCUUCCUCAGCCUGGUGGCCUUCGGAGUCUACCGCCGCUAGCUGCUCUCUGAUUGGUUACUGUGGUGGUGUCAGCAGCCGGGGGCGGAGCUCUCUCUCCUCAACCGCUGAUCUCAGAGCUGGGACUUGGACCUGUGGGAGGAAACAGACGUUGAUAGAGUUAAUGUAUGUUUUAAUUUCUGUUGCCAUGGAAAUGCACAGUGUAAACAAGGACACAAGAACUUUUAAUUUUUUUUAGAUCACGUUUCUGUAGGUUUCAUCAUCGUGCCUCUUUUACUUUCUGGUUUCUGUCAACUGCCAGACUGUAACACCUGUCUGUCUGUCUCUCUCUGUUCACCUGUCUGCCUGUCUGUCUGCUCACCUGUCUGCUUACCUGUCUGUCUGUCUGUGAACAGGGGAUGAAAGUCAUUAGUGUAAAUUGCAGCUUUUGAAGAAAGAGAAAUUCUAUUAAAUCAUUUAUUUAAUCUGUC